CUCUUAUAAUGGGCCUUUAUAAACAGAGCCUCUUUGUACUUUUGGAACGAAAAUGAAAAUGAGAUAGGGCACACAAACCAUAACAGGGUAUAUAACGCAGAGACCGAUUAGGGUUUUCUUUAGCGCAGUCGCAGCCGGACGAAGAACAGACAGCAACAAACGUCGGCAUGGGGCGACUCCACUCCAAAGGUAAGGGAAUCUCAGCUUCUGCUUUGCCGUACAAGCGUUCGCCCCCGAGCUGGCUCAAGACAACCUCCCAGGAUGUUGAUGAAUCCAUUUGCAAGUUUGCGAAGAAGGGUUUGACUCCGUCUCAGAUUGGUGUGAUUCUUCGUGACUCUCACGGUAUCCCUCAGGUGAAGAGUGUUACCGGAAACAAGAUUCUGAGAAUCUUGAAAGCUCAUGGUCUUGCUCCUGAGAUCCCUGAGGAUCUGUACCACCUGAUCAAGAAAGCAGUUGCUAUCCGCAAGCAUCUUGAGAGGAACAGGAAGGACAAGGACUCCAAGUUCAGGUUGAUUCUUGUUGAGAGCAGAAUCCACCGUCUUGCUCGUUACUACAAGAAGACCAAGAAGCUCCCUCCCGUCUGGAAGUACGAGUCAACUACCGCAAGCACUCUUGUGGCUUGAGUAAUCAUAGAGCUUGUCAAAGUCCUUCAUGAACUACAAUUUGAUUGCUGCAUUUGCAACUCUAUUUCUAUGACGAUGGAUUUUGUAUCUGUUUUUUUUUUUUAGUUUUUGUUGGGUUUACAACUUAACAAUGCGAAUUUUGAAUUGAAUGAAUACUUUUGAUA